AUGGCUACCGUCCUAGCACGCAACACGAUCGAGAUCAGCAAGGAGCAUGCCACAGUGACAGGCCAGCAGAUCUUUGCGGACUCCUCGAAGGAAGAGCUCAGCGCCGAAGUUGAUACUCAUGGACAGAAUCUAGGCGUCCCUGCCGAAGAAAAGCGCUUCUGGUGGCAGCGAGGCAAGAGCUACGACCCGAAUGCAAUCGCAACACUGCCAUCGGUCUACGACGACCCAGAAACAGCAAAGCUCUACCAACCUCGCUCCGACUGGGAGAAUCUGCACCGCUUCGACCCGUCUGCUCGCUGGACAUGGGGCGAAGAGUAUGCAGUCUUGCGGAAGAUUGACCUCAAGAUCAUGAUCUUCGCUUGCAUCAUGUUCAUGUCGCUCGAGCUUGAUCGUGCAAACAUCCAGCAGGCUGUGACUGACAAUUUUCUCGAAGACCUUGGAAUGGAUACAAAUGACUACAAUUGGGGCAACACGGUCUUCAAGCUGAGCUUCCUCUGCGCCGAGCUCCCUUCGCAACUGGUUUCGAAAUGGAUCGGACCUGACCGUUGGAUUCCGGCACAGAUGGUGCUGUGGUCUAUCGUCGCCGCUUCUCAGUUUUGGCUCAGCGGACGCAGCAGCUUCCUGACCUGCAGAGCUCUGCUUGCCCUUCUGCAAGGCGGCUUCAUCCCGGAUAUGAUUCUCUAUCUCUCCUACUUCUACAAGCACGCUGAACUCUCCAUUCGGCUGGGCUUCUGGUGGACUGCCAUGUCAAUCGCAGACAUCCUUGCAGCCUUCUUUGGCUUUGGCUUGCUGCAUCUUCGUGGCCAUCUUGGCUACUCCGGCUGGCGAUGGCUCUUCCUUGUUGAGGGACUUCUGACCCUCGUCCUCGGACUUCUGGCUUUCGGCUUGAUGCCACCAUCGCCAACACAGACGAAGAACUGGUUCCGAGGCAAGAAUGGGUGGUUCACGGAGCGCGAGGAGACGAUCAUGGUCAACAGAAUCAUCCGAGAAGAUCCAAGCAAGGGUACGAUGCACAACAGACAGCCCAUCACACCGAGGCUGCUGUGGGAGAGUCUUUCGGACUACGACCUCUGGCCGCUCUACCUUCUCGGGCUGAACUUCCAGACACCAUAUACAACGCCUUACCAGUAUCUGACCUUGACGCUGAAGCAGCUCGGCUUCGGAACCUUCAAGACAAAUUUACUCGUUAUCCCUUCCCAGGUUGGCCACAUCAUCACCAUGCUUUCGUUCACCUACCUGUCGGAAGUUCUAGGCCAGCUCUGGAUCUGGGGCCUGCUUGCCCAGCUAUGGGUAAUGCCUUUUCUGUCGUACAUCUACGCAGUUGAUAUCAACUCUAUCAACAAGUGGACAGCUUACGGAAUCAUGACCCUCUUGCUUUCAUAUCCAAGCGUGCACGCCAUUCAGGUUGGCUGGAACUCCCGCAACUCCAACUCUGUACGCAGCAGAACUGUGAGUGCUGCAAUGUACAACAUGGCUUGCCAGAGUUCGGGCAUUAUCGCUAGCAAUAUCUACCGCAAAGAUGAUCGCCCCAGGUACCGCCGUGGCAAUCGUGUGCUAGUGGCUCUGAAUGUCAUCAAUGUCGGACUCUACGCAUUUGCCAAGCUCUAUUACACUCUUCGCAAUCGCUAUCGCGACCGUAAGUGGGAGUCGAUGACCGCGGGAGAGCGGACGCACUAUCUGGCCACGACGAAGGACAAGGGGAACAAGAGGCUAGACUUCCGCUUCGCUACAUGA